GAUGAGAAGAACCAGAUGAUGACCACCAAUGUCUGGCUGAAGCAGGAGUGGAGUGACUACAAACUGCGCUGGGACCCAGCUGAGUUUGACAAUGUCACCUCCAUCCGGGUGCCCUCGGAGAUGAUCUGGAUCCCCGACAUCGUGCUCUACAACAACGCUGAUGGGGAGUUCGCCGUGACCCACAUGACAAAGGCCCACCUUUUCUCCACUGGGAAGGUGAAGUGGGUGCCCCCGGCCAUCUACAAGAGCUCGUGCAGCAUCGACGUCACCUUCUUCCCCUUCGACCAGCAGAACUGCAAGAUGAAGUUCGGCUCCUGGACCUACGACAAGGCCAAAAUCGACCUGGAGAACAUGGACCACCACGUUGACCUCAAGGAUUACUGGGAGAGCGGCGAGUGGGCCAUCAUCAACGCCAUCGGCCCCUAUAACUCCAAGAAGUAUGACUGCUGCACCGAGAUCUACCCCGACAUCACCUUCUGCUUCGUCAUCCGCCGCCUCCCGCUCUUCUACACCAUCAACCUCAUCAUCCCUUGCCUGCUCAUCUCCUGCCUGACCGUGCUGGUCUUCUACCUGCCCUCCGACUGUGGGGAGAAGAUCACCCUCUGCAUCUCUGUCCUGCUGUCCCUCACUGUCUUCUUGCUGCUCAUCACAGAAAUCAUCCCAUCCACCUCGCUGGUCAUCCCCCUCAUCGGCGAGUACCUCCUCUUCACCAUGAUCUUCGUCACGCUCUCCAUCAUCAUCACCGUCUUCGUCCUCAACGUCCACCACCGCUCCCCCAGCACCCACACCAUGCCUCGCUGGGUGCGCAGCUUCUUCCUCGACUUCAUCCCUCGCUGGCUCUUCAUGAAGCGACCCCUGGCGCUGCCACCCACCGAGGGGACCACAGGGCAGUAUGACCUCCCAGGGACCAGGCUCAGCACCUCCCGGUGCUGGCUGGAGACCGAUGUGGAUGAUAAGUGGGAGGAAGAGGAGGAGGAAGAAGAAGAGGAGGAGGAAGAGGAGGAGAAGACCUAUCCAAGCCGCAUGCCCCAGGCGGGCUCCCAUGGCCAGAGCACCCAGUGCCGCUACGGCUGCGGGCGCCAAGCUGGGAAGGCAUCUUCAGGCUCAGCCCCCCGGGUGGCCCCCAAGGGAAAGGAGGAGGAGGAGGAGGAGGUGGGCUCGGAGCAGGGGCUGACACUGUCCCCCAGCAUCCUGAAGGCCCUGGAAGGGGUCCAGUACAUUGCAGACCACCUGCGGGCCGAGGAUGCUGACUUCUCGGUGAAGGAAGACUGGAAGUACGUGGCCAUGGUGAUCGACCGCAUCUUCCUCUGGAUGUUCAUCAUCGUCUGCUUGCUGGGCACCGCGGGGCUCUUCCUGCCGCCCUACCUGGCGGGGAUGAUCUAG